AUGGCUACUCCUGUCAACGCUGCUGCCGAUGUCUCCGUCCCCAUUGCAUCUAAGUUAGAACCAAACUCAUCGUCAACUUCCUCUGCAUCUUAUGCAUCCAGCGCCGUGUCUGCCCCUCUCAACCGGCACUCCGAAGCUGCGCAAUCCACCGAUACCGAAGCUUUAACGGAUCAUGACGACUUGGAAGGUGCUAGAACCGUCGCUGUUCCACGCUGCAGCACGUGGUUUGCCAUGGACAAGAUCAAUCCCAUUGAAAAACGCAUGUUGCCGGAAUUUUUUGUGGAAAACGGGUCCAAAACGGCAGAAAUCUACCUCAAAUACCGCAACUACAUGGUGCACGCCUAUCGCCAGCAGCCGAGCUUGUAUCUGACGGCCACAGCUUGUCGUCGCAAUUUGGCAGGUGAUGCUUGUGCUAUUCUAAGAGUGCACGAGUUUUUGACCCACUGGGGGCUCAUCAACUUUCACGUGCCACCGCACGCGAUGCCCCCCGUCAUUCACUCGACCUACGCUUUAAAAACUGCACAAACUAUUGCACAAACUACUGCUAACAAUGGACAUCAGGGCCCCAUAGCUAUGCUCGUGGCUGCUAAAAAGGAAAACGCACGUCGGGUGGAUCUCCCGUUACCGUGUGAAGCUUGUGGUACCGCUAGAGAAGCCCAGGACGCGUUCUUUGAACUCACGUCCGAAGCCAAGAAGAAGCUGACGAGCUAUGGAGCGGCAACGAGUGUUGGCAGUGCGAACUUCAUAUCAAAUGGAGCAAAUGGAAAAGCUGGUGAAGGCAAUGAAGUGAUAGUCGGAGGCUUCGCGUUGAGACCUGGCAGUGGCAUUUGUGACGAGUGCUUCAUUCGUGGGGCUUUUCCAGAGGGGUACGAUGCGUCAGAUUUUGUAUUGUGUCCGACAGUGGCGAGAAAUCUUUUGGCAAAAACAAAAUGGACUGAAGAGGAAACCAGCCUGAUGUUGCACGCUGUGAGCAGCACAAGAACCAGCAGGAUCAAGGGUGCAGAGAACGAGGAAGACGAUGGAAGCUGCGACUGGAACUAUGUGGCGUCGAAGGUUGGCUCCAAGACGGCAGACGAAUGUUUGCUGCACUUUCUGGAAAUGCCAUUGCUGGACCAACCGUCGCAGACUCAGAAGCCAAGGCUAGGAGACUCGAUUCAGUCAUUGCGACCGUUUGCUACUGGAGCAGUUUUAAACGCGCCUGUGCUAGAUCUGGCUGCUCUUGUGGAACACGUUGAUCCGCUGGUUGCGAAGGCUGCAGCUCAUGCUGCAAUUGGUGCCGUUAAGCGGUUGCACACAAUGCAAGUAGCACCAACGACUUCGCCGCAGCUGGAGACGCCAUUGAGCAUGGAGAAUAACGGUUCAACGGGUACAGCUGGAGUCAAGGUAGAAAGCAUUCCAACUUUGUCAGGCCCAGCUAAGAUGCUUGAUAGCUCGCUUGAAGGCGUAGCGGCGGCAGUUGCCAACAGUGCAGAGGUCGCAGGAAUCGGAUCUACUAUCAAGUCGGAGGACAUAGCCGCGGACGGUGAUGUGGCCAUGGAGGAUACAUCGUUGUCAACCGCAACAGUCGCGUCAAAGGAGGGAGACGACGAUAAAAGCAAUGCUGUAUCUGUCUCGAAAGAAAUGAUCGCGGUCACGGAAGAAGCAGCCAACGCCACAACAAUUGCAUUAUUGGCAACAAGGUCACAAGAAAUCGCCGAUAACAUUGCGAAUGGACCUAUAAAGGAUCUUGUGAACCAAAUGUUGGAGAACCAGCUGCGUCAUAUGGAAUUGAAGAUGCAGCAGUUGGCUGUGCUAGAGCAGGCAAUCGUUGCUGAGAAGGAACAGCUCGCCAAGGAGAAGUACCAGCUUUAUGUGGACCGGCUUGCCUUUUCUCGCGAAAAGAUAAACGGUCGUUCGUCGCAGCUUGGACCCUAA